GAUAAUCAUAGGUUAAGACUGUUCCACGCGCUUCUAGAGCGAUUGAAUCUUAAACCAGAAAUACAACCUGCCACUGCAUGUGGUUUUAAAUACUUUAACCUCACUCACUUUUUUUCUCUCUUGUAUUAAUCUCUUGAUCAAACCCAAACACAAACACAAACACAAACACCCCACGAGCCUCUCUACCAUUUUCAAUCCUCUUCUCUUUUAUCCUCAUCGCUCUGCACAAAACCUCCCCACUCCUCAAUUAUUUCUCUCUCCCACUUUUCUAAUAUACAUUUUCUCAAACACAUGGUGCUCUAGCUCAAACCACCCACAACCUCGCCUCAAACCCAAACCAUGGCCCUCGAAACGCUUUUCGUCAAGGUCAAAACCGCUUUAUCAAACAGCUUCGACUCGGUCCCUCCGAAGCUUCUCAAGAAGAAACCCUCCUUCAAGGCCAAACCAAACGUCGGCGUUUUGGCCUUCGAAAUCGCCGGCGUCAUGUCCAAGCUCCUCCACCUCUGGCACUCGCUCUCCGACGCCACCAUCGUCCGCAUCCGCAACGACGCUGUCAACCUCGAGGGCGUGCGGAAGAUCAUCUCCAACGACGAGUCCUUCCUCCUCGGGCUCGCCUGCGCCGAGUUCGCCGAGUCGCUCCGAGUCGUUGCCAACUCGGUGACUCGGCUCAGCGCUCGCUGCGAGGACCCCGCCCUGCGGGCCUUCCACCGGGCCUUUCUCGAGUUCGCAGACUCGGGCCGCGACCCGAACGGGUGGGCCCUCUCGGGCCCAAAGGAAACCGAGUCUAAGCUGAAGAAAAUGGAGCGUUACGUGACGCUCACGGCAACGCUCUACCGCGAAAUGGAGGACCUCACGGUGAUGGAAACAACCUUCCGAAAAGCGUUGAACCACGCCGACGGCAACGUCGGGAGCAAAGACCAGCAGAAACUGUACGAGCUUCAGCAGAAAAUCUUUUGGCAGAAACAAGAAGUGAAGGAUCUAAAGGAGAGAUCUUUGUGGAGUAGAAGCUUCGACAGCGUUGUUAUCUUACUCGUGAGGUUCAGUUUCACUGUUUUAGCAAGGAUUAAGGUUGUCUUCGGAAUUGGGCAUUGUGUUCCUUCUUUGUCUCGCACGUUGUCAGCUUCAGCCACUGUUUAUCCAUCUGACCAAAACCCUAAUUUGGAAGAAAGUUCGAAGCUUGACGGGGAUAAGAAAGAGGGUGAUUUGGAUUUGGGAUUGGGGAGUGGGUUUUUUGAGAGCAACUCAAAGCUGUUGAAGGCACCGGAGAGUACUUUGGGUGCUGCAGGGUUGGCUUUGCACUAUGGGAAUUUGAUCAUAGUGAUGGAGAAGAUGAUAAAGUCGCCACAUUUGGUUGGGGUGGAUGCAAGGGAUGACUUGUAUGGGAUGUUGCCGAGGAGCAUAAGGUGGGGUUUGAGGGGGAGGUUGAGAGGGGUGGGGUUUUGUGCGAGUGAUCCUGUGCUUGCUGGGGAAUGGAGAGAGGCGUUGGGGAGGAUAUUGGGGUGGUUGUCACCCUUGGCUCAUAACAUGAUCAAGUGGCAGAGUGAGAGGAGCUUUGAGCAGCACAACUUGGUGCCCAAGACCAAUGUGUUGCUGUUGCAGACUUUGUUCUUUGCAAAUAAGGACAAGACUGAGGCUGCCAUCACUGAGUUGCUCGUGGGGUUGAACUAUAUUUGGAGGUUUGAGAGGGAGAUGACUGCUAAGGCUUUCUUUGAAUGCGCCAAUUCUCAUGGGUUGUUGUUAAAUUUGCACAAACCCACUUAAUGAGGGAAAUAUAUCAUUAUAUCAUUACAUCAUUACUUUCUUUUACUUACAAAGGGGCUCGAAUUUUGUCUCUUGGAAUUUCAUUUUAGUCAUGGGGGGUUGAUUUUAGAUAUAUAUUUGAAUCAUGUGAUCGAUGAGGUCCUUCAGGGUUUGUUUGUUUUGCUUCUAACCCGGCUACUGUAAAUGGAAUAUCAGUGUCUGUAAAUGAUGAAUGAUUUUUUAGUGAAAUCGAUCUCUGAGAAUUGAGAAAUGAA